GUCGUGAAGUUGAAGCUGAUAAUCGAUAUGAAAGCCAAUAGAGUCGUCUACGCGGAGGCUGGCAAGGACUUUGUGGACUUCCUAUUCUAUUGGUUCUCUUUCCCCCUCGCCACCGUCGUCGGUCUCCUGAGUAAGGAAAAUAUUUGGUCAGGCUCCUUGACCAUUCUCUACAAAAGCAUCGAAAAUCUCACCGAGUCCUCUUUUCAGCCUAAUCGAAUCAAAGACAUCCUGCUCAAACCCUGGGUGCCGCAGCCCUACUUUCCGGCGGCUCCGCUGUUGCCGGACGGUUUUGAGCCGCCGGAAAGGACCUUCUACACGUGUGCAUCUUCUUGCCUCUCAUUGUGCCGACAAGAGGUCGCCGAUUAUCGGGGAGCACUUUGCUCUAUCUGCGGCCGCGCGAUGAUGGGGACUCUCAAGUACGUGGAGCCGCCGGAGGUAGCCCGGGGGUUUGUGUCGGAGCUUGAUACGUAUACGGUGACGGACAAAUUGGUGGUGGAGCGGCAGUCGUCGACGAACUCCGGCGCCGCCGUGCUCGGCGAGCUUCAAGUUGAGGAAAGGGUCGUUCAAUUGGGCUACCCCGAGGCUAUUAAGGUGCUGAAGGCUGCUCUGGGGUCGAGAAUGGUUCUUACAAAUGCGUUCUUGAGGGAAUCAUUUUAAGAGUAGUAGAAGAAGAAAUGAAUGGAUCUUGAUCUUGGUUACGUUGUAAAUGACACUUUUGUUCAUUUUCUUGAUCAUUGUUUGAGGUAGGCUUCAUAUAUAGAUAGUGAUGUAUUUGUUUAUCUCUGCUAAAGAAGCAAUCAGUUUUGGGGUCUUUGGAAAGGCUCCACGACAGCAUCCUCAACCUCGGCGAAUCAUGUUUCCAGCGGGCGGGCCGGAUCAAGGCCCGACUAUUGAAGCCCUUGAUGUUUGAGCCCUACUGCGGGCGGGCUGCCUUGUUGCCGGACUAUGCCGGGCCGAAUAUUUUAUAUUUUUAAAAA